GUCACUUUGAAGCCAAACACAGUUUACUAUCUGUAGUGCACCACCACAACACAUCAUCUAUACAUUGUCCGCGACGCCAACUACAUCACAAUCCACAAUGAAUUCAAACAUCUCAGAUCUGACCAGCAAUGAGAUCGAAGAAUAUCUACGACGUCAUGACGACCUCUACGCCAUUAAAUAUUUCCCUGUCAUCCUCUUCCUCGUCAUCCUGAUGCUGAUAGGCGUCCUUGGAAACUCGUUGGUGUGUUACGUCUACAUCGCUAAGUUCAAGCCCAGCACGACCCGAUGUUUCGUAAUCGCUCUUGCUGUCCUCGAUCUCAUCAACUGUUUCACCAGCAUCCCGUUUGAGGUCAUUGAUAUGAGACACACGUACACCUUCGGAGAAUACAAGAUAUGUCGUCUAAUGAAGCUGUUCGAGACCAUCAACUCCAUUGCCUCUGGAAGCGUUCUUGUAGCUGUAGCGGUGGACAGAUUCAAGAAGAUAUGUCGUCCGCUACAGAUCCAGAUGACGACAAAGGUAGCCAACAUCUCCAUUGCCAUCUGUUGCUCUCUGGCAGUGGUGCUUGCCGUCCCUGCCGGCUUCAUCUAUGGUGGCAGGACGGUGCCAACCGACAGGAUCAACAUCACGGGAGUGGACUGUUCCUUAUCUGACCAGUUCAUCGGUUCAACACUGCACAUUGUGUACCUUGGUGUUCAGUUCCUGGUGUUCUUUGGAGCAGCACUGACCAUUGCAGUUGUGUAUAGCUUGAUCUGGAGGCAGAUCAUACUUCAGAAAAGGUUCAAAGAGACUGUUUCUGUACGAAGAAGGGUUGAGGAAAGGAUAAUGGUUCUAGAUACACCAACAGAUGUUUCUGUCAAUGCUCCAAACACUUCAGUCGACAUUGUAAGUUCUUCCAAGUCGGACCAAGACGAAUGCAGACUUCCUAUGACAGAACUGGCGCCCUUGAACCACGGUGGUAAAGAUGGCGUUCGGGAAACACCAUUACAUGGCGGAUCUGGGGACGGUGUUCCUAAGAACGAGAACAGUAUUUCCCAUGAAAGUGACGUCACAGAUCAAAGAAUCAAAUCUUUGGAUGCAGCUGGGAAGUCUGAAAAUCAGCCAGCCAUGGUAUCGACUGCUGACCAGACUUCGUUAAUUGAACGUGGAAACAGAUCGAAUUCUAGAUCUGUAAGUGCAAGACGUGAAACACGGUGCUCACAGCGAACAAAAGUAACGAGAAGGACAACGUUCAUGAUGUUUCUGAUAACAGUUACGUUUGUGGCGUCGUUCCUUCCCCACCUUUCCCUGACCAUCGCGGCUUCUGUCAAAAAGAACCUUCUGUCAGAGCUCGACGGAGCAGGAUUCGUCCUCUUUCACAUCUUUCAAAGGUCCUACUUUCUUCAAAGUGCAUCAAAUCCUAUAAUCUACAGCUUCUGGAACGCAAACUUUCGUCGUGAAAUUCACCGUCUGUCAAUGAAGAUGACCAGCAAAGCCUAAGUACGGCAACUGUUCGUGAUACUUUUGUUUUCCCACAUCCCGGAUGUAACAAGUGUUUCACAGAUUAAUCUGUGUGCCCACUGUGGAUAUCUAAGUGAACGCGCUGCUGGAAAAAUGCCUGACUAUAGUGUAUUUAAGACAAUAUCUGACUAUAGUGUAAUUAAGACAAUACCUGACUAUAGUGUAAUUAAGACAAUACCUGACUAUAGUGUAAUUAAGACAAUACCUGACUAUAGUGUAAUUAAGACAAUACCUGACUAUAGUGUAAUUAAGACAAUACCUGACUAUAGUGUAAUUAAGACAAUGCCUGACUAUAGUGUAAUUAAGACAUAGUGUAAUUCUGACUAUAGUGUAAUUAAGACAAUACCUGACUAUAGUGUAAUUAAGACAUUGCCUGACUAUAGUGUAAUUAAGACAAUACCUGACUAUAGUGUAAUUAAGACAUUGCCUGACUAUAGUGUAAUUAAGACAAUACCUGACUAUAGUGUAAUUAAGACAAUACCUGACUAUAGUGUAAUUAAGACAUUGCCUGACUAUAGUGUAAUUAAGACAAUACCUGACUAUAGUGUAAUUAAGACAAUACCUGACUAUAGUGUAAUUAAGACAAUACCUGACUAUAGUGUAAUUAAAACAUUGCCUGUGCUGAUUGCAAGAACAUAUACUCCACUGUCAAUUUGUUUCAAUUCAUCGAUCUGCCUUUAGAACAAAAAUGUUAGGUAUUAUGGAUAUUUUGGGGUUAAUUUAAUGAAACUGUGUGCUCAAUCUCCACUCCAUCACCAAAAGUAUUCAUGAAUUAUCAACCAUGAUGCGUUUACCCGAUGAAACAGGCGGCUUCUCCUGACAUUGUUUUGGUUCGUUAGGGUCUGCCUGUUGUUCUUCUAUAUACAUCCUAUAUAUAUGAACUUUGUUUUGAUGCUGUUACUUUGUGGGCGUGUCAAGUUAUGUACAUAAAUCAACAAGACACCUGAUUCACGUCACAACGCAGUGUUUAUUCCUUCACCUUGAAAGUUUAUUAAUCCCGUCGUUUUUGUCUGCUAUCAUUUAUGUAAUUAGUUUGGUGUAUGUUUUGUAGAAUGUAAUCAUACGAUUGCCUUUGCCUUUAAAUAAUAACGUGAUAAUGUAUGCAUUGAAGAAGCGGUAAUACUGAAAUCAGGAACAAUACUGUCGAAAGACACACACGUGUAUACAUACAAGCACGCACGCGCACACACACAUACAUACAUACAUACAUACAUACAUACAUACGCACGCACGCACGCACAUACAUACAUACAUGUACAUACAUACAUAUACACUUGUAAUCCAAAGAUAUAUAUAUAUAUAUUUAAUACUUUCCUCUUAAUUUCAUAGCUGUCGAUGUUUUGCUUGUUUAAAUUGUAAUAAAGGUUAAAACACAA